ACCAAACCAAUGUCUUCUUCUUCUACAUCUUUGUUGGUUGAAAGGAAGGUGGAUGUCUACCUGAGUUUUAGUGGCGAGAUAUCUCUUGCCAUUGAUUUUAAUUAUCAUUUGUCCCAACAUGGAAUCAAAACUUUCAUCUCCGACAGCUGGAAGGAGAAGCGUUGCAGGGUGCUUGAUCAACGGAUUCUCGAGGCUUUGGCAGAGUCUAAAGUUGCCGUUGUCAUGAUGUCCGAGAAGCAAGCUUCUUCUGUUGGGUUCCUGGAAGAGCUCGUGGCAAUACUCCAGGUUCAGGAGGAAAGCUCACUCAUUGUCAUACCCAUCUUCAUCACAAACAACCAUUUGGAUGUGGAAGAGAUCUCCCAACACUAUCUUGGGCCUCAUGAGGAAAUGUAUCCGUGGAAAGCCCCAUUAUGGAGGAAAGCACUUACAAAACUGAAGAACAUAGCCGCUCAGUGCUCUUUAUCUACGGACCAUUCAGGGGUAGGCGGAUUAAAUCGGAUCAAGAACAUUGCUGAUGACAUCUGGCUUAUGUUUCUCUCUUCAUCAUUAAGCAAUUUCAAAGGACUUGUAGGGAUAGAUCGCCAAAUGAAAGAGUUUCAUGAGUUGUUGGCUUUAGAAUCUAUCAAAGAUGUCCGUAUCGUAGGAAUAUGGGGUAAGGCAGGUGUGGGGAAGACAACCCUUGCUAGGUACACGUAUGAUAAGAUAUCUGUGAGUUUCCAGACACAUGUUUUCCUAGAAAAUGUCGAAAAUAUUAAAGAGAAGUUUCUAUCUGGAAAGUUUGUAGCGGAUGAUCUUACAAGUUUAGAUCAUGAGAGGCAUGAAAUUACAGAAGCAAUGCGUAGACACCAAAGAAUUCUGCUUAUCGUAGACGGUGUGGAUAACAUUGAACAAGGGAAGUGGAUAGCCGAGAACGCUAACUGGUUUGGUCCAGGAAGCAGAGUCGUUAUUGUCUGUCUUAAAAAGAAUUUAUUAGUUGAGUCUGGCGUGAACCAUGUGUAUGAAGUUGAGUCUUUAAGAUAUGAUGAAGCUCUUGAACUCUUCUCUCAGUUUGCCUUCAAGCAGCCUUAUCAUCCUCCUGAUUUCGAACAGCUUGCAGUUCGUGCUGUCCACCUUGCAGGGUUUCUUCCUUUCGCCCUUAAAUUGUUUGGCUUGUUUUUAACUGGUAAAGGUCAACAUGAGUGGGAAGCUGUAUUGCUUAAACUUAAUGCCAAACAUGGUAAAGACAUAAUGGAAGUUUGGAAGAUCAUGGAAGCAUCAGAGGAUAAAAUCGAGGAUGCAUCAAAAACAAAAACAGAAUAGAAGUAUGAAGAGUCACGUGUGUACAAGUCUCUUACAUCUUUCUCUGUUUCUUGAUAUAUAGUUAUAUGCAUGCGAAAGUUUGUAAUGUUAGUAUCCAAUUCUUCUUCGUUCUUAUGUUCAUUCAUGUGGAUUAAUGUCCUUUUAAUUUGAAUAAGAAUCUCCGCAUGUGGUAAUCACUUCUUUCAUUAGGUUUGUUAUAAAAUGAACAAAAAGAGUAGUAACAAAUCGAUGAACAAAAUUUGCUAUAUGAAUUGUGUUAGUCUUUAGGUUAUCUCUCCGAUUGCUUGCAGGAGAAGUUAUAAACGAACGAACCUAGAGAAAUGGUUAGGUUCCUCUGCAUAAUUCCUAGAACCACUUUUAUAUAGGUAAGUUUUAUUAUACCUAAGACUUAGGAAGAUGUGGCUUAGGAAAAAAUUAUCAAGUGAUAUAUAAAUGGUUAUGUUCUCUCUAUUCAUUGCUAAUUGAUUUUGAGUUAGAAGCUCAUGACAAACUCUAAUUUAAUAUAGUAUUAAAGCCAUCUGAUUAUUAGGCCACCCGUAAAUAUUGCUCCCACAUAUGCCCAGAUGAUUAUGCUUGAGCGUGAGCGGGGAGGUGUAGUUGGAGAAAUUAUCAAAAUGAUAUAUAAAGGGUUAGGUUGGUUUUGAGUUGAUAGUCCAUAACAAACCUUAAUUUAAAAAAUAUACUUAUAUUAGAUUAGU